GUUAAUUUUUUCUUUUAUUUCUAGCUAUAGCUAAUCACCUGUGAACAUGUAAGGUGUGUAUUAAGACAUGAAGAUAUCAAUGUCAUGUUUAAUAAAAAAUACAUUAUAUACUUAGCUAAACAUUUAUCAGUCAGGGAAAACAGCAAAUUAGGAUAUCAUAAACUAUUCGCCAAAUUAGGAGAGGAAUGCCUAACUUAACUUAGCUAUGCUAUCCUAAUUAAGCUAUGAAGAUUUUUUGAAAGCAAAAAAAUCACCACUAACGCGAUAUCCGCAUCUUUAUUUCACUCUCUUUGUGCAGCCAAAUUUCAAACCUUUGAUAUUUGAAAAAAACGUCGCAUUUGUACUACGGAACUAAAAGAUAUUGAUAAAAAUCGGCAAAAUAUUUUGCGCAUAGCAUUAGCUUAUAAAGACCUAACUAGAAGAUUCUUUCUGGCCAAACAUCGCCUUUCCAAAGAGGGUACAGAUAACCCGCAAACGCCGCCCAUAUACAGGGCGAGUUCGGGCGACAUUUCAAAUUAAAUUGACUGUUGUCCGCUUUCCCAAGCACGUCUGAACUCGCCUAGAACAUUCCCGAAAUACAACACCUUGUAACAUAAACAUGGCGGACAACAGUUAAAGAAGCGUUUGAAGAGAAAGGAGUGAAUAAAGUUUAUAUAUAAGUAUCUAUCAAGUAAAUCUUAUUAAUCAAGUAAAUCAUAAAAAAACAGUUCUUUUAAGAGCUUCGCUACCACAUAGUUCAUUUUAAUUUUUAUACUUUUUUAAAUAAUUCUUUGAGAGCCAUUUGUGGUGAAUCUUUUUUUUGGGUAUUGUUCGGGACUAUGUGGUUUUUGGGGCAAAUACCUGAAGUUUUCUUAAAACGCCAAACUCGGCCAAAAAGGCCUGCACUUUUUACGGCUUAUUGGCACCCUCGUACGAUAUGAGGCUGUUUGAUAGCCUGUUAGGCGGUUUGAUAUCCUAAUUAGGUCAUUUUCGCAGAAAUUUAAAUAAAUGUGAAUAUUUCAUCGACUCGUCAUUAGUUUUUAUUAAAAUUUUGAUGAGUUAGACUGCAGCAUUGGUAAGAAUCCAAACAACAAGUAAUAUGGACGCGAAUGUGUAUAUUUUUUGGCAAACGUUAAAAAUAUGAUUUUAUAUCCUAAUUAGGCUAUCAGAAUGGCUUUAUUAGGAGAUGAUAGCCUAAUUAGGUUACAGUCAGUCUGAAUCUAAUCUACCGCGUACACGCUAAUUUCACACCUUUGCGUGGAGGACGGCAGUCGUUUGUCUUUUGUUAUAAUUAAAUCCCCUAAGGGUUUUGGGAGUUUAUAUUUGGGUGUUAAAAAACAAUGCGCUCGCGAAGAAAUAUUGGAGCAAUUAUAUUUCUUGUAAUAGUGAGAUGCAUUGUGUAAAUGUAUUGAUAAGCUAUUCCCUAUUAGCAUGAAGUAAUUAAGUAAUAAAAAUCUUUCACGAAGUUUUAUAAUACAUUGUGUGAGAAUGUAUUGUUGAUUUAAUUACUUAAAAAGAUUCCAGCGCGUUUAAUUUAAGAAACAUACAAGAAGCAUUGUUUAUAACUAUUAAAUGCAGCUUUUCGUUUAUAAACUUUUAAAAUGCGACCUAAAAGAGCAUUUCUAUCGCCGCUUUUCAUUUUUAAACUUUUAAAAUGCGAUCUUAAAAAAACAUUUCAAUCACCAUUUUUCGUUCUUAAACUUUUAAAAUGUGAUCUAAAAAAACAUUUCUAUCUCCGUUUUUCGUUUAUAAACUUUUUAAAUGCGAUUUAAAAACAUUUCUAUCGCCGCUUUUCGAUUUUAAACUUUUAAAAUGCGACCAAAAAACGCUUAAUUACCUCAAUUAAAAAUUUCAAAAGAGUUUGCGCAAAAUAGAUUGCUAAAAUUGAUCUUGCAACCAAUUGUGAAUAAACAAUCGAUCGCGUGGGGUCAUUGUUUAUCAGCGAGGCAAUUAUUUUCUUAAAGAAACAAUAGCUAUCGCAAUGUUAUUGUUCUGUGUAACUAUUCAUGCAAUUUUCACGUCCGUAGUAGAUUACAUUCGGACUGUACUGUACAACAGCCUAUUUAGGGGAUUUAUUUCUCUUAAUUAGGCUAUCAACAUGGUUUUUGUUGCCUAUUGCUGUUCUGUUGCAUAGCCGCAAUGAUUUUAUUACCGUAUUUUCCAGUAUAUAAUCCGCACAUAGUAUAACUCGCAUUUCAGCUUUUUUAAGGAGUUAAUAGUUUUUUACUAACCAGCACCUUUGCAUAACGUGUAUUGUGUUAAGGAAAAAAUUCAGCGUAGUUUUACUUUCCUAAUCAUUUUAUAAGCAUAUGCGUGUGUUCUCUGCUGUGUCAUUUUUUUUAUGCUGGAGACAAGUGGGGGAUGUUUAAACUUGUGAAGCCCAAACACGAGAACCGAGUGUCUGUGCUAGCGACUCUCUCAGUCUUAACAUUCUUGUCUCUGAUUGCCAAAAUAAUGAUGAAUUAAAAUUAAUUUGAGCAAUUCGAUCUUCUGCUAAUGCCGACAGUACUGAAUCAGACAAUGCUGUUUCCUUUUUAUUUGUAGACAUUAGUUUUAGCCAAUAAUAACUCUUGCUCCCUUCCUACCAUUAAAUACUUUAAAUGUAAAGUAAAAUUCCUGUUUUUUUAUGUGAAUUAUCUCCUUAACAUGUCCCUUUUUUAAAAACAUUUUUAUAUAUUAUAAAGCAUGGUUAAAUUCCCUACGAGAAUAUAAGAAAAUAAAUUCGUGAAAACAAACUUGAAUGGAGAAAAAGAAUUCCAAACAAAAAACACCCUCCUUUGGUAAAGCUUUGGUAACACCCCCCCCCCAUCAAUUUUUUUCCAUACAUCGUUGAAUUGCUUUUAUUCAGCUCUACAAUAUCUUACUACAUUUUUUUAAAAAAAUUAUUCAUUAAUAAUGUUUUUUGUCUAAAAUACUACAUAAAUCCACAAAUUUAACUCGUUUGAUGAAUCAUUCAGCGAUAACUCGAUAAUUAUUCAAAUUUCAAAAUAAAAAAAAACAAGAAUUUGCAGCCAGACAUGUGACUGUUUCAAAAAAAUUGUUUCGCUAGUUUUCAAUGAUAUGGAGGAGAGUUACCAACACAAACAGGCAAUGUAUCAACCAAAUUUCUCGUUUCGAGAAAAAAGGCUUAAACAUUUCUUUGCAUUGGAAUUUUAACCCUUUUAAUAAUUAAUGAGUUGAAAUAUUUUCAGUAUAAAAUAAAAGUAAGUUGAAAGGUUGUAUUGAUAAAUGUGAAUCAUGGCUUCUAAACGUGCACAUAAAAACGAUGAUAAUAGAAAAAAAAAUAUAAAAGCGACUGAAAUACACUAUCAUUUUUCAAUGAUGCAUUACAAUGACAUUAAAAAUGACAAAUUUUGACGCAAAUACACUAUGAUUAAAAACAUAAAACCUAAGCAUGUUUUUCUUUGUAACAUGGACUCUGAGGAAGAAAUAGCAGCUGCUGUUGUUGUGUAUAUGUUAUCAAAAAAAAAUAUUUAAACGUAGAAAAAAAAGCAAAGAAAUGUAUGGGGUGAAGCGGUGGUUGAAUAGGCAAACUGAACUUGGCAUCUACAAUACUCUUAAUGAACUGCGCAUUGAAAAAAUUGCAGAGUAUACGCGAUUUUUAAGAAUGCCGCCAAAUAUUUUUUAUGAGCUCCUUAAUCUCAUGAAAGUUGACAUUGAGAAAAAAACAGCACAUUUACGCAACCCAAUUCCUGCUAAAAGGCUGGCUUCUCCAAAUCUCAAUAAAAUUUUCAGUCGCUUCUUACGUCUUUAUUUUCGGGUGAAUUAUCUUGUUCAAAUUUUUGUUUUCAACUAUGUUUAUGCCUAAUGUGCGAAAGCAAUGGAUUCGAUUUAAAACAAUUAAAAAAAAAUGUAAUUGAAAAAUUAAAAGUUGAACAUGUUUAACUUUUAAUUUUUAAGGAUCAUUGGAAAAGAGAGUGUCAAAAAUAACAUUUUUUCCUGUGUACACUGUCAUUUUACAAUGAUUAUUGGAAAAUGAUCAUUGAAAAAUGACAGUGUAUUUUAGCCUUUAAAGGAAAAGUAUAACAGUAUAACUUAACAGUAUUUAAAAAAAUGCUGAAUAAUUUAUAGCUUGCUAAUAACAGUGUGCAUUGUGAAUUAUUUUUAUAAUAAUUUAAAGUCUUUAAUUUUAAUACACCAAUUCAACAUAGCGUGAGACCGCGUUAAUAAAAAGACUACGACGAAUUUGGGGUAAACAAAACUAAUCGAAAUUAGUCUUAGUUGUACAAGAAGGAAGAAGGAAAGAAAGUUGUUUUGAGUAGUUAGUAUUGUUAGAUAAGUAUGGAGUUUGAAAUGAUAGAGAAGAUGAAGGUAGACAAGUUAAAGAGGUAUUUGAGAUUGAGAGGUCUGAAGGUUAGCGGGAGAAAAUGCGAAUUAGUAGCUAGGGUGUUUGCAGCUAGCGAAAAUAAUGUUCCAGUCAUCAAAACAGCAGAGGAGGUAGAGAUAGCUUUACAUAAAGAUUACCAGGCUAAGGUUACAGUCAGUGAAUCUGGUGUUGUACUUCCUGAUCCAAAGUAUCUUCCUUCUGGAUGGCUCUGUGAGAAUGAUGGCAUAAAGUUUUGGCCAUGCAUACUGUAUGCUGAUAUAUUUAAUUACCUAAUGUUUAACCCCAGUGAGCUUGGUAGUUCAGAUUUGAAGGAUUACAAAAGUUCAAAAGCUUAUAGCUAUUUUAGUAAUGCUUAUCUUGGCCCAAUAUUGUACCAUGAAGUUGAACCAACCUCUAGUUGUUGUUUUUUAAAGGCUGAUUGUCGACCAUCACAGCGUAUAAAUGACCCUCCACAUAACCUUUGGAUUUUUGUGACAAAAAGUAAUGGCAAAAUUAAGUCUGCACAUUGUGACUGCAUGGCUGGUAUGUCAGAGACCUGCAAUCACAUAGCAGCAUUGUUAUUUCGUCUUGAAGCAGCGGUUAGGCUUGGACUGACCAAUAUGUGUGAGUGGCUCCCUAACCGUACAGAGGUAAAACCGGUCAAGAUCAAAGAUGUUACAUUUAAACGUGAUGAUUUUGGAAAGAGAGGUAAAAAAAUCAAAGGGUCUCUCAAGUACAUCAAAGAAAGACUAUAAUUCCUUUGAUGUGUCAUUUAAACCUUUGAAGCUUUGCGAUGUAGCUGCUGCACUUGAAAAGGUUGUUCCAGACAGCACUCUUUCAACGGCUGUUCCAAAACCGGAAAUAGAUUUCAUGCGUGAGAUUGUCACUGGCAAGUUACCGAACCCCAAUGCCCUUGUUAAGCAUCAAUGAUGUCGUUUUAAUGUCUAAUUCUAUUGAAAAUUUUCAUAGCAGUGUUGCAGUACACUUUUCACCAUCAAAUAUUGAGCAAAUUGAAAUUAUUACUCGAGGUCAAUGCUGUAAUGAAAACUGGUAUGCCUUUCGCAAAGGUGUCAUAACUGCAUCCAGAGCUCAUAAAGUGAAAACCAGUCGAAAAGUUUGUGAAAGGUGGAUGUACCAUAAAUUUUUGGCAGUUGUUUCAAAAGAUUUCCGGGUUUUCUGUUCCUUAGUCCAAAUAUUCUAGCAUUAAAGUAUGGACGCUCAAUGGAAGUUAAUGCAGUGAAUAAAUUUUAUGAGUAUUAUUCUGAAGGUCAUAAGAAUGUUGAAGUCAUUGAAUGUGGGUUAUUUUUAGACAGGGUUUUUCCAGUCAUAGGUGCUAGUCCAGACAGACUUAUCCUAAAAUGCAUCUACCUUAUUUAAAAUAUGUUAAAGGGAAGUUAGUUCUGAACAAAAAUCAUCAGUAUUUUACCCAGUGUCAAAUGCAGAUGGGAGUUACUGGUUUAAACUUUUGCAACUUUUUCGUUUGGACUCAGUAUGGUUUUUUCGUAGAGAAAGUUCAGUUUGAUCCUGAGUUUUGGAACGAUCUUAAAAAAAAAUUGUCUUCCUUCUAUGUGCAUUAUCUUAAACACACGUUCUCACAAUAAAUGGUAUAUAUGGAAUAAAAACAAUAAAAAGGCUAUUUUUAUAGUCACACAUUUAUAAAAAAUAUUAUUUGGUUGAGACUGUUCCGGUAAGAAGGUAAGUAAACAAGUUUUGUUAUGCAUAAGUUGAGGAAAGUAAGGUAAAACUUAAAAAACAAAAUUAAAAAAAUUUAAAUCACAAAACAUUUUGUGUUUGCCAAUAAUGUUUUUUAUAGAUAUGUGGCUUUAAAAAAAGCCGUUUUUUUCUUCACCAAGAUUAUUUUGCUUGUAUGAGGCAUGGCUUUAAAUUGCACAGAGCAGCACAGGUUCGAACAAUAUGAUCUGCAUGUUGAAGCAUGGUGGUUGGUAACACAUACUUGAGAAUGUGAAACAUUUUCAUGCGAUUAAUUGCUUGUUCAAUAUGAAUCCACAAAUUUACAACAUCUUUAGUACGUUUACAUUCUUCAGUGGUCAUUUGUGCCUUUAUUCUAGCACCUGGUGGAAUACUUAAACUACAAAAUCUUAAAAGUAGAUCUUCUUUUAUUUGGAACCAUCUGUCUUCCAUUAUUUCAUCAUGUCUUUCCAGCGCAUCAAAAAACCCACUAUCCUCACAAAUGUACUUGUCAGACGUUCGACCACCAUAACAAUCUGACAGAAAAGUGAUGAAACCAGCAGGAAAAAUUCCAAUUAAAAAUUUAAUUGUAUUAUGGCUUUUGUAAUCUGACCAGGUUUGUGCUUGAAGCUGUAAAGAUUUUUGUCUUUCGAUAAAAACUUCUGUGCAGUCAAUAAUGCAGCGCAGCUUGUAAUGUCCCAUUUUCUUGUAAAUAUUUGGCAAAUGAUCCCUAAUAGCCUCUCGAGGAAGCCAGUUUAACAAGCAAGUGCUCACUACAAACCCUGUCACUUGGACGUGGACUCCACGCAGAUUUAUCAUCUUUUAUUUUUUAACUCUCUGUACCCAUUCCAAACGAUUAGCUAAAUAACGAUUGGUAUUGGGAAAACAAAACAGGCGAUAUGGUGGUGGUUGACAGGAGGCACAAGUUCCUUUAGUUUGAGGCUGACUAUUAUGCUCUGUGCAAAUACUUUUCCUCCACUUUUCCAAUUUCCUCGUGUUAUUCAUACACCCAACAACAGCACAAUUCGCAGGACCCAUCUUAAUAAGACUAGAAAGUCAAACAACUUCUGUCACUACUUUACUCACAACACAAGGUGACUGCCAGAGCGGUUUUUUUUACCCCAAACUCGUCCCAGUCUUUUUAUUAACGCGGUCUUGUGCUAUGUUGAAUUGGUGUAUACAGAGUGUGGGUGUUUAAAAGAAAGUUAAAUUUGUGACUCAUAUUCGGGCCAAGAUCAAAGAUAAUGUUACAAAGAAAUACAUUUUUCCUGUUUUAUCCCACCAAAAUAACGGUUAUAUAAGGCGACUCCAACUUAAUUAGAUGUUCUACAGGCGAAGUUGAUAGUAACUUACGGUCAGUCGGUCAGUCGGUCGGCAAAAUAAAAUAAUUUUAUCGAGAAUGUAUGGUCAGAACUACAAAAAGAAUAAUAAAAAAUAACAACAGAGGAGGGUGUUUCGACAACCUUUUUUUUCUAUUUAUUUUCGCUUAACUCACAUAGUUAUAUAUUUUUUAGUUGCCAAGGAAAAAUAAUAAUUUGUCUCGCUAAAAAAUGUAACUAGUUCUCAAGAUGAAAAGAUAAAAAUACUUGCAUGCUCAAAAACUUGUUUUUAAAAGUUAUGCAGCAAAAAUUUUUCCUGUGUUGUUUUGAAAGGUGUAAAGAAUAUUCUUGUAUUGUUAUGAAGAAAGUUAUACAGCAUGUUAUACUUGUUUUCUUUCAAAAUUUAUACAGCAAGUUAUUCUUCCCCACUUAAAAUAUUAAAACAAACAAUUUUAGUAUUAUUUUAGAGUUUUUUGCCCAGUUUUAUAGGAAAGUCUAAAUUUAAGUGCAAAUUCUUUUUUGGGCUAUGGUUGUUUAGUUGAGAAAUUUUAAAAUCUCUUGCAGCGUUAAAAUCAAUUUUAAAGAAGUUCAUAACAGAGGAGGGUGUUAUGACAAGUGUAUUCUAUCUUGUUUUAAUUAUUUUUCGUAAAUGGUAUCGACUAAAGUCUUGCUGUAUUACAGUUUAGCUAGCGUAAUUUUAAACAUAUAUAUUAAUCCUAAUAAAGGAGGGUGUUAUGGCAAUAAUCUGUCUUGUUUUUCACUUGUGCUAUAACUAUUUUAGUGAAAGUAAAGUUUUUAGUGAAAUUGUUGUUAUAAAUCACAUAAAAAUUACAAAAUUACCGCAUUGUGAAUUUUAGUUAUGUCGAAACAAAUUACCACAAGCAAAGAAUCAACUUCCAGUGGCCUUACUAAUGGUGGUCCUAAUUCAUCUUGUUCAAUAUGAUUGUAGAUUGACAUUCAACCAACAAACAUUGUUGAUUAUCUUCUAUGCUCAUUAUAUUUUCAUGGGAUGACAUGAGAAAAUGUUUGUUUUUGUCGUUUAUUUUUCUUUAAAACUUUUUUGCUUAUUAUUAUUAUUUUUUGUUUUUGUGAAAAUUAGGGUCGGUCGGGCCCAUAGAACAACUAAUUAAAUUGGAGUUGCCUACUAUAUUUUUUUUAAAACUUACUGGAAACUUAGCAUAGAAGUUACAUGCAUGAAAAAAAUUUAACUCUAAGGGUCUACCGUAUCUUUAAUUACUACAGAUAGUCUGUAAUAGCCAUGUACGAAACGUUCUUUUCUAAUGUUUGUAUAAUUUUUAUUCAUUUAUAUCUCAGCAAUCAAAGUGUGCAUAAUAUAAUGAAUGGCUGCAAUGAGGAGGAGAUAGUUGCAUGUUUAUUUCAUAUUUAUUCUUGAUAUUUUCAGUGGCCACCUGUUGCUUGAAGGUAGUGAAGAUAAAAAAGAAAAUUAUCAUUUAUACUGUAAUUUCAACAUUUUUCAAUAUUUUUAACAGGAAUUAGUAAUUAAGUCCUGGACACUAGGUUGUGAAAUACGUGUCAAUUAAACCUAAAAAUGACACCUGCUAUAUUCCUUUAUACCAGAAGCAAAUCAUUUCAGUGUGCUUAAUGUGAUUUUUAAAGAUAUAAAUAGAAUUGAAUUACAUGCAACACAAAAAAAAUAUGAUCUUUUGAAUUGUGCUUCAGAGAGAGCUCGUAUUAUUAGCACUGACAGGCAAUAGAAAGUUAAAGCAAUUUCACUGUGUGAAAAAAAGUAAAUCACGUAGUUAAAGUAAGAUUACGUUAUUAUAUAGGAUCCCACAUACAGUUAUAUUAAUGUACGCAUUUUUCCCGUUUGUACUAUUUUCUUCAUUGAAUGUUUAACCUUUAAAUUUCACAAUAACUGAAAGUUGUACCACCUGACAUUCCGACCAGGGGAAUAAAGCGGUCAGGUUUUCCAUAUUUCUAUUCCAAAUAAUAUGUACGCAUUGCUAAAGUUUGAAUGCGCAUCCCUUAUAAAAGGUCUAAAAUUUCUGAUCACAGAAAAUGUCAAAAUUUGAUUGACUUUUUAACCUUAUACCUCCCUUUAUUUACUGCAUUUUUGGUUAGAUUUUCUGCAAUGGUAUUCUUUUUUUUUUUCGACCAAAUUUUGAGGCUGUUAACUGUUCCUCUUUUUGAAGAAACCAUUAAUUCGAAGCUCAUUGUUUUUGUGUGCUUUCUACUAUUUGUGUUAAUUUGCUCCAAAGUAAUAAAUAAGGAUAAGGUAAAUUGUUCAAUAUUUAAUUUUUUAGUUUUGUUUCUACUAAGAUUUUUGAUUUUUGUAUUAUCAAUUGCAGCAAAUUCUCCUUCUAUAUUUACCUUUUUGUGGCUCAAUACAGCAUCUGGACAAACCAGUACCCUUAGUCUCUGCAAGCUAACCUUAAGCAGCUAUAUAAAAUGGUAAAAAGAUGAAGAAUCAUUUACUUAUAAUCUGGUAGUAAGUAUACCUAUUAACAAGAGUUUCAAUUUCCAAUCGAUGUUUUCGUUUCUUGUGAGAAAUAUUUUUUUAGCUUGCACGUUUAGCAUUUGUUGUUAUAACUACACACUGAUUUAUCUAUACUUUGCUCUUAUUGGUUUUGCCUAAAAUCUAUGAGGAGGCAUACAAAUAUUGUGUGUCCUUGCAGCGGACAUUUCCACGCUUAGUGGUUGGAACAUUGGUUUAGUUGUCUGUUUAUAAUAAUAUUUAGAUCUAAAUUUGGUUUUAAUUUUGUAUGUGCUGAAAUAACCAUCAAACUUAUGUUGUUGUACUUUUAACCUCCUUUUUAAGUUCAAUCAACAUUGUUUCUAUGGUUUUGGUGUCUCUCGACCAAUGACAUUGUUGAAUUGCUGCUAUUUUGAGUUUGUGGGCCCAUUUCUGGUUUAAGUGGACAUUGGCUGCUUGAUUGCACAGCCGUGCAGCGUAGUGCUUUGCGAUCAAAGUGGACUUUGACAUUAGGUCAUUAAUCCACUUAGCUUUUUAAUGUGUGAAGUUGUGAAGUUAAUAAAUAAA